AUGGUGCCCACUUGCGACAUGCCAUUGAUGGAGGAUCGCCCGGAUCGAACGGUCCGGGUCGGGUCGGAACCCCCCGGGCAAGAGCGAGAGCAGCUCGUCGGUAUCUUACAGGAGAACGCUGAUGUCUUCGCCUGGUCGCCAUCCGACAUGACCGGCGUCGACCUUGAGACCGCCCAGCAUCACCUGAAUUUAUCGCUUGACGCCCGGCCGGAAAUCAAGUACCCACGAUGGCUAUCUAAUGUAGUGCUGGUGAAAAAGUCUAAUGGGAACUGGAGGAUAUGCGUUGACUAUACGAGUCUCAAUCGGGCAUGCCCGAAAGACUACUAUCCCCUCCCAAGAAUCGAUCAGCUGGUCGACGCGACGGUCGGGCAAGCCCACCUGUCGUUUAUGGACGCCUUCUCCGGCUACAACCAGAUCAGAAUGGCGCUUGAAGAGCAAGAACACACGGCCUUCAUCACCGAUCUGGGGGUGUAUUUCUACAAAGUCAUGCUGUUUGGGCUCAAGAACGCAGGCACCACCUACCAGAGGGCCGUGAACAAAAUGUUCGCCGCACAAAUCGGACGGAACGUUGAAUGUGAAGAGGCUUUUGGACAAGUCAAGCGGCACUUGGCCAACCUUCCCCGCCUUGCUUCGGUCACUCUCAAGGAAAAGCUCAGCGUUUACUUGGCCGCCUCCCAGCACGCGGUCAGCUCCGUCCUAACCAAGGAAGUUUCCGGAGAACAACUACCGGUCUACUACGCCAGCCACGUCUUGAACGGACCCGAGGAGCGGUAUCCGCCACUUGAAAAGCUCGCUUUGGCGCUCGUGGUAGCGUCCCGGAAACUACGCCCUUACUUCCAAGCUCACACGAUUGAGUCCAUAGCCGACUUCAUCGCGGAACUGGCUGAAGGCGGGAAUGGAAGUCCCGAGCAGACAGAGGAGGCCUGGGACUUGCACGUGGACGGCUCGACUACCUCUAGCAGCGCCAGCGCGGGGUUGGUACUCUCAGCUCCCGACGGACGCUCGUUCGAACGCUCCCUCUUCUUUGGGUUCCGGGCCACUAACAAUGAAGCCGAAUAUGAGACGCUCCUGGCAGGACUCAAGCUGGCCCUUGAAAUGCAGGUAGACGUCAUCCGCGUCUUUACUGACUCGCAACUCGUCGCCGAGCAACUUAGCGGUGGGUACGAAGCCAGGGAACCGACCAUGGCAAGGUACCUGGCAGAGGUAAAAAGCCUAGCCUCCAACUUCUCCCGCUUCACGUUAUCUAAGGUGCCGAGGAGCCAAAAUGAACGAGCCGACGAAUUGGCGAAGAUGGCUUCGGGAUUGGACCACGGAAACCACUCCGGGGUUGAAGAUAUCCCAUUCCGCACCAUCUCAAUUUCGUCUGUAACUCCGGCCAAAGCGCGCACCACGUGGGUACAGGAGAUGCUGCUCUUCAAACACAACGGGAUCCUUCCCGACGACGAAGCCACAGCGCGCCGCAUUCGCCGAACACAAACAUGGUAUUCCGAGGUGAACGAACGGCUCUACAAACGGUCCUUCUCACAGCCCCUGCUGCGAUGCCUCGAGCCUGGCGAAGCGAAGGCAGUCCUCGCCAAGGUCCAUGAGGGGAUCUGUGGGGAGCAUAUCGCUGCUCGAACCUUGGCCUACAAAAUCCUUCGUCAAGGAUACUACUGGCCCACCAUGUCCCGAGAUGCUAGAAUCUACGUGCAGCGGUGCGGGCCCUGCCAGAGGCAUGCCCGAAUGCCCAGGCAGCCGGUGGUCCCCCUGUCCCCCAUCGACUGCGCAUGGCCAUUUGCGCAAUGGGGAUUGGACCUCCUCGGCCCUUUUCCACUAGCCUCGGGGCAACGACGAUAUAUCGUCGUAGGCGUGGAUUACUUCACCAAGUGGACCGAAGCCGAGCCACUAGCGAUGAUCACGAAAUGGCAAGCCAUCAUCACGGAUAAUGGAUCCCAGUUCACCAGUGCUCGGUUCCAGGAGUUCUGCGCGAGCUACGGGAUUCAACUAAGGUUCAGCUCUAUGGCCCAUCCCCAGACAAACGGGUUAGCCGAAGUUACCAACCGAUCUAUUCUAAAUGGACUCAAAAGGAGAGUGUCAGCGGCCCAGUCAGCUUGGCUGGACGAGCUCCCCAGUAUUCUGUGGUCCUUGCGGACCACCCCCAAGGCCGCGACCGGAGAAUCCCCCUAUAGCCUCUCAUUUGGGACCGAGGCUGUCUUGCCUCCCAAGAUGGUUUUCCCCACCCUGAGGACGGCAAGCUAUGACGAACGAGUUUCAACCCAGGGACUGCGAGCCGAUCUCGAUCUGCUCGAGGAAUGA